GAAGGCCUCAUAUUCCUGAAUUUAUAUUUCAAUUCCCACGCAUCUAAGGAAUGCAGACGAAUUGAUAAUUUGUGGUAGAUCAUACUAACCAUAUCCCCUACUUUGACAAAAUUAUCAAGAACAGUUAAACAAUGAAACUGAAAUAAUUUGUAUAUCUUUCUUCAGCGUGUUCUCAUUAUCCGUUGGUAACCUUCGUUCCUUCUGUUUUUACUUGUUUUGGAGGACCAGGUUUUUUUCGCCACUAUACUAAAAAAGAGCUGAAGAAGGUCUCAGCGUGACUACUGGUUACCAUUCCUUCAUCAUAGUUGAGAAGUAGCAUCUACACAUCAGUUUCAAAAACUCCGCAACUCAUAUGUGCAGUGUAAAAAAUAUUGAUAAAAGGAUGCUAGGAAUAUUCCUUCUUGGCAUACAGCUAACAACGUGUUCUGCGAUUUUCGAAUCAUGGUUCGAUUUUAAGAACUUCAAUAGUUGCACGAUCCACCAAUUCAGUUGUAGAAACGAUAAAUGUAUUCCGAUAUUAGCUAGAUGUAAUGGGAACGAUGAUUGUGGAGACAAUUCUGAUGAAGAACAUUGUGAUUUGUACUUGUGCGAAGAACCACAUUUCUUCAAAUGUAAAAACGCUAGAUGUAUCUCAAAGGUGUUCGUUUGUGAUGGAGAUAACGACUGCAUCGAUUACUCUGACGAACAAAACUGUGAAUCCUUUGUGGAACAGUUGAACAACAGCUCGUCCCAUUGCGGAGCAACCGAAUGGCAGUGCGAAGACAAACUGUGCAUCCCGCACGAGUGGGUUUGUAACGGCGUGAAGGACUGUCUGGAUGGCACCGAUGAAGUGUCCGGAUGCGAGGAACAGGCGAAAACUCGGUGCGAUCAGUUCCGGUGCGGGAACGGAAGAUGCGUGCCGCACGAAUGGAGAUGCGACGGAACGGAUGACUGCAAUGAUGGCAGCGAUGAGAAGGAUUGCGAACAUCACGUCCCGCUGGCCCAAUGCGUCCCAGACAACCAAAAAUUCCUAUGCUCAGAUAACUCCACGUGCCUGGACAUCGACAAAGUUUGCAACAAAGUCCACGAUUGUCCAGGAGAAGACGACGAGUCCCCACUGUGCACUGCGCCCGAAUAUUCCUGCGAGAAACAUCGUUGUUCCCACGUGUGCAAGCAACUGCCAUCGGGUCCGAUGUGUAUCUGUCCUACAGGCUAUUCUAGGGUGGACGAGAAAACUUGCAAGGAUGUGGACGAGUGCCAACAGUAUGGAAUAUGUGAUCACAAGUGCCGCAACAUUGCCGGAUCUUACGAGUGCUACUGCGAGCACCGGUACUUCCUCAAUGAUGCAAAGAGGUGCAAGGUGGUUGGCGGUGAAGCUUUGAUGGUGUUCAGUUCGAAAACGCAAAUCAGAGCUUUCACUUUGGAGUCGGAGUUGUAUUUCACAGUCGCUUCUGAUCUCAAACAGGUUGUUGGCGUUGACUACGACGGAGACCACGUCUACUGGUCAGAAGUGGGAUCGGAACAUGAGAGCAUAGUCCGCGCCGCCGAAGACGGCAGCGACAAGGAAAUCGUAGCGACGGCUGGCUUGAGCCUGCCCGAAGACAUCGCUGUUGAUUGGUUGGCCGGUAAUGUUUACUUCACGGACGCGGAUGAACGCAGGGUAGCUGCCUGUGCCAAAGACGGAAGAUCCUGCGCGGUGCUGGUGAGCGGGAAAGAUGUUAGGAAACCGAGAGCGAUCACUCUGAAUAUCGAUGACGGCGUAAUGUACUGGACAGAUUGGGAGGAGCCAGCUGCUAUAAUGACAGCGUACAUGGAUGGUAGCAACUAUCGAUCCCUGAUUGAUCAUAACAUACACUGGCCCAAUGGGCUCGCUUUGGACUAUCCAAAUGGCCGCAUUUAUUGGACAGAUGCGAAAAAAAUGACGAUCGAGAGUGCGAAACUAGAUGGCACUGAUAUAAGGGUUGUUUUGGGAGAAAUUGAGAAACACCCUUACUCUUUAGCUGUGUUUGAAGAUCGCCUUUACUGGUCCGAUUGGUCUACUCGAUCUAUCCAGUCCUGCGAGAAGUUUACCGGAAAAGAAUAUCGUACUGUUGUUGAGGACAAGCAACUUAUCUAUGGUGUGAGCAUAUUUCACCCUGUCCAACGUAGACGCAAAGACAAUCCUUGUGAACGCGCACCUUGCAGCGACCUGUGCCUGUUGAAAGACGCUAAAGGAUAUGGAUGCGCGUGUCCUCUUGGAAAAGUUCUUUCCAGUGAUGGGCAUGUAUGCAAAGACGUGGAUGACCAAGAAUGGCUUCUGAUCGGCUUCAACGACACCCUACUUCAAGUCCGCCACCAAGUGUUGGGCAAAUUGACCUCCACGUCCUUUCCAACAGUUGCCAAUCAAAUUGGAUCGAUGGUCUACAAUCCACUCAAUAAUUCAGUAUUCAUCAGCGACUUGGAUACCAAGAAGAUCGUGGAGUACAGUUUGGAAGGGAAUAUCAACAGGAUUUUAGAGAUUGAUGAUCUUGGAUGGGUCAUAUCAAUGGAUUACGACGCUCUUGGGAACAACCUGUACCUGUGCGAUGCUGAGCGAAACGCUUUGGAAGUGGUUAGCCUCAAAAAUUUAGCUAGAAAGAUUUUGCUCAGUGGUACUGAGGAUGAGAUUCUGGAAGCUGUGGCUGUUGUACCAGAAGAAGGGGCAAUGUUUGUGGCGAUGAGAAACCCAACUAGUGGAAAAGCCCAUGUGGACAGAAUGCACAUGGAUGGUGCAGGAAGAACACACACCAUCGAAGACGACCUCGUUGGGCCAAUAUCGCUUCUUUAUGAUGCUGCUUUACAUAGGGUGUUCAUUGCAGAUGCUUACAGCGGAGUUAUUGAAUCUACAAGUGUUGAUGGUGACGACAGGCAUACCUUCCGUACGCUAUCAACGAAUCCUGUAACUAUGACUACCAUCAAGGACGAACUUUUCUGGAUGAGUGAACAUUCCAAAAAGUUGUUUUGGGCUAAGAAGACCAACAGUCCGUAUAACAAGCUGGUCACUUUGGACGUUCCCGUGCGGAGCAUCAGCCGUCCCCACAUCGUCUCAACAUGGCGUCCAGUCUCGCACCAUCACCCCUGCUCUUCAGACAACAAUUGUAGCCACUUGUGUCUCCCCGUCUCAGUAGCAGCAGCGGUUUGCGCGUGCCCCCAGGGCCUCGAACUCAACCCUGAAGACAACAGGACUUGCAUCCACAGGAAGACGUGUUCCGCAGACCAGUUUUCGUGCUGGCAAUCUGAGAGUUGUGUAUCUAUGCACGCCAGGUGUGAUGGACACAAGGAUUGUGCGCAUGGAGAAGACGAGACUGGGUGCACUGGUGGCGAAGGCGGGAAGGACUGCGGAAAAGGAUGGUUCACCUGUCGCAAUGGCGCUUGCAUCAAGGAGUCCCAAGUUUGUGAUCUGAAGUUGGAUUGCCCAGACAAGUCCGAUGAGGUCAACUGUGAAGCGUUUAAGAACAAGAGAACCUGUCCUGAUGAGCACUUCAUGUGUGAUGAUGGCUCGUGCGUCUCCAGAACGUCGUUGUGCGACGGGGUCAACGACUGUCGAGAUGGGUCCGAUGAGGAGGAAUGCCAUACUAUGACGUGUCUAACGACGCAGUUCAGAUGCGAUUCCGGAAUGUGCAUCCCGAAAACCUGGGAGUGCGAUCAUGAUUUUGACUGCAAAGAUUUCUCCGACGAACACUCAGGCUGUAAAGAGAAAACUCGUCACACUGUUUGUCCAGCUGGUUUCUUCAGAUGUACACCAAGUGGUCGCUGUAUUGAUGGGCGUUUGGUUUGUGACGGGGACGACGAUUGUGGAGAUGGUAGCGAUGAACCACCGUCUUGUGAGCUGAGGUAAUAUGAGAGGAUGGUGGUAUUAUUCGCUAAAUUCAAAAUUGCCAACCGGUCUUGAAACCGAAAAUAUUAAGCAACAAAACAGCUACCGGAGCAAACAAAAGGAGCAGAAUCAUUGAACAUUUUUAAAAGCGUCACCAAGCAGCAUCCACUUGUCCAGGAGGUUUCGCUUGUACUCAAGGAGGAGAAUGCUUGCCAGCGAUCUCGAGAUGUAAUGGAACCAGGGAGUGUCCCAAGGGCGAGGAUGAAAUGGGCUGUGAAGAUCGAGCGGAAGGAGAGAGUGAUUGCAGACCAGACGAAUUUGAAUGCAAAAACAAAAAGUGUAUACCGUGGCAAUGGGCUUGUGACAAAAUGGCCGAUUGCGACGAUGAGAGCGACGAAACCCCGGAAGUGUGCGCCAAGUCCAAUAAUACCAAGGAGACAACCCACUCUGUUAGUACAUCUGAGGAUUGUAACGAUGGUUUCCGAUGCAAAAGCGGCGACUGCAUCCGGCCCCUCUCCCUCGUCUGCAACGGCAAACCGGACUGCUACGACGGUAGCGACGAAGGCGGCAAAUGCAAAGACGCAUGCGCUAAGCUGGCCUGCGUCCACGAUUGCCUACCGACACCUUACGGGCCGCUAUGUCAAUGCAGAGGAGGAUACAGGGCGAUCGGAGACGGUAGGAACUGCGAGGAUGUCGACGAAUGCAAGGCUGAUCCGCCUCUGUGCUCGCAAAUGUGCCAAAAUGAAGACGGCGGAUACAAGUGCGAUUGCUUCUGGGAUCAUGCACUUAGAUCGGACAAAAAGUCAUGUAAAGCCGAAGGUGAUCCAAUGUCGAUAGCUUUCCUCACCGCCAAUAACCAGAUUCGUCAGUUGAGUCAAAGAACACACCGCCUAUCUAUUUUGUUCACCGAGCCAGUCCCAAGAAUUACUGGUUUAGGUGCUGUUGUCGAACCUCCAGUCAUUUACUUCGCCGUUGCAGAAGCGGGAGUGUUACAGAAGAUAGAUCUUAAGGAAGAUACUAGUCAGGUUAUGCAACAGGUGGGUGAACCCCAGAGACUCGCAGUGGACUGGUCCACAGACAACGUAUAUUUCGCAGAAGGCUCAACCGGGGGAAUCACCGUCUGUCACGUGGCCACCGCGGAAUGCGCAGUGGUGAUGACGUCAUCACCUGAGUCUUACCACCACUUGGCAGCGAUCGCUGUAGAUUCGGCUGAGCCUGCGUUGUUCUAUGCGGCUUGUGGAUGGCAGGGAACACUGCUCACAAAGCCUAGGUGUGCUGUUUAUAGGAGGAAACUCGAUGGAACAGAUGAAAGGCUGUUGGCUAAAGUAGAUGAUGGCUACGUGACAGAGCUGACGUUCGACCACAACAAACGUCAAUUGUACCUCCUGGACCGACACAGCGGCGCUAUAGUUCGCGUUUCCUACGACAGCAGUGACAACUCGACCUCUCAACAGCGCACUAUUUUCACGGAUGUCUUCAAAUCUGCAGCAGGUUUGCAGUUUUUCGAGGACCAUCUUUAUUAUGCGACAGCUGCUGGGGAAAUGGUCAAGUGCGCCCUCUAUGGUGCUUAUAGAUGUGACAUGUUUAAGAUGCACGCUGGGGCAGCCAGCCAAUUCGUCAUAGUGCAAGACUCUCUACAGAGACCUGUCGCCAACCCAUGCGAAAACCAUACAUGCAACUAUCUAUGUGUCGCCUCGUCUGGUGCCAAGAGCAAAUCUUGUUUGUGCCCAGAUGGAAGCCUGAUAUCCGAAGAUGAAGACUGCCCGACCACAGAUCAGGGUUCGAGUGGCAACCAAAACUACAAAGUGCACACAAAACCAUUGUCAAAGUUUCAACCUGGAACUGUUAGGCACAAUGGAGGAGGAUCACUCGCAGCAGCCAUUUUGAUUCCAUUGGCACUGAUCAUCAUAGCAGCUGUUGCGCUAUUUGUGCUUAAAAAGAAGCAUAAUGAACAAUCUAAUAUUAUUAUGAGAUUCCACAACCAAACGUUUGACGCCGAAAUGAAUGACGAUGCUGAAGAAAAAACCAUUCUACAGCCUGGAUUACACGAAUAUAUGAACCCCAUAGUGCAAUUCAAAGAUACUUUUGAUAAUGGCACAGUCAGUACUAAGAAACCAAACCCGUUUGUGGAAGUGUGAUACUUGUUUUUAGUGAUGUAAUGUUAUUGUGAUUAUUUUUAAUACUGUUUUAAUGUAUUUUUUAAAUGGAGUUGUAAUUUUUGCUAUAUUGAAUACAUUUUAAGUAUGUUUGUCUUGUACUGAAUUAUAUUGGAUUAUUUGAAAUAAAAAAAUGCAAAUAUA